ACUACUACACACUCUUUCUCUCGCUUUCAUCUUUCUACUCCUACCAUUCCCAAUCCAAAAACCUUCAACAAUUUUCAUUCAUGGCGGAAGAAGAAGAUUCAACUCUCGAAUCACCACAUUCCCUCAAAUAUAAACUCAAAUCCUCUCUCUGUUUUUCAUGCUGUUUCUCUCACCAUCGCGUGAAACCGAGAAUCGUUCGAAGUUCAUCGCUUCGAACUCAUAAUCGCAAUCACAACAACAACUCUCGCUCAAUUGAUUUGCCGCAUUUAAAGGAAAAAUGCACCAAUUUCAUCUCCCGGAUCGUUCACCACCGCCGCCGCCAUUCCGCCGAUUUCCACUACGACGCUCUCAGUUACGCGUUGAAUUUCGAAGAUGAUGCCAACGACGAGAAGUCUGUUGAUGAUCUCAGGAGUUUCUCGGCGAGAUUACCGGCUUCUCCGCCGUUAUCGCCGAAAGCGGCAGUUAAUGAUACCGUGAAAAUCGCCGCUAUCAGUUGAUCUUAAAUGUAACGGCGCAGAUCUAGAAUUUUGCAAUGCAGGUGCAGGCAUAGGAUAAAAACUCCGAUCCGGUGACGUUUUAGAACAGUUUUUUGGAUUUUGUUAUUUGUGUUUAUGUCAUUUUUUCUUUUUCAUUUUAUUGUAGAUAAUGAAUGUUUAUGGAAUUUAAACGAAAUGAAUAAGAAUUAGGAAAGAAAACAAAGGAUAAAUGUGAAAAAUGAUGAUGGUGGUGGUUUUA